AUGGCCGCCUUCUUCUCCUCGUCCACCAAGGACAUCCCCGACUCGUCGAUCAACUGGUCGCUCCUCGCCGGCGCCGAGACAACCAAGCCGCCCUCACUCACAGCCACCAGCAAGUCCUCCGCCUCAGAUGACCAGGACUCGCACGACCUCCUCUCCGCCCCCUCCGCCGCUGCCUCCCCCAUCCCCCCCUCUUGCGCCACGAAAAGUGCCCGCAAGGCCCCGCUCAAGGCCGAGCCUUGGAUGCCUAAGAUGGUCGGCUUGUCCCAAGACCCCAACGAUUGGCUGUGGCAAAUGACCGAGGAACCCCAUCGGAGUCGGCGCAGGGCCAUCCUCAAAGACCAUCCCGAAGUGCGCAAGCUAAUGGGAUAUACAUGGACGACUAAAUGGGUCGCCUUGUUCGUCGUCUCCGUCCAACUCUCAAUCGCCGUCUUUUUCGGUCUGCGCUCGAAGCACCAGAUCGAAUCGGCAUGGAGCUGGAAGUUUUUCGUGACUGCAUAUGUGAUCGGAGGGACGGCGAACCAAAACCUGUUCCUUGCGAUCCACGAAAUCACGCACAACUUGGCAUUCAAGAAGAUCGUACACAACAAGCUGUUGGCCCUGUUCGCCAACCUUCCGAUCGGCGUGCCCUAUGCCAUGGUAUUCAAACGAUACCAUCUCGAACACCACAAAUCGCUGGGCGAGGAUGGAAUCGAUACCGACCUGCCCACCCGCUUCGAGCUGCUGUGUCUCAAGAACGUGCUCGGUAAAACCUUCUUCGCCACUUUUCAAAUUCUAUUUUACGCGUUGAGACCCGGAUUCGUCAGAUCACAGAAGAUCACCGGCUGGAUAGUUGCAAGUUUUGCGCUCCAACUAGGGUUUGAUUACGUCCUAUACAAGUAUUUCGGAUUGGCGGCGUUGAUGUAUUUGAUACUAUCGUCGUUUUUGGCCGGCUCGCUGCAUCCAUGCGCGGCCCAUUUCAUCGCCGAACAUUACGUAUGGAACUUGACAGGCGGGGAGCAAGAGACGUGGAGCUACUACGGCCCGCUGAACAUCCUAGCCUACAACGUCGGAUACCACAACGAACAUCACGAUUUCCCAUCGAUUCCUUGGACUCGGUUGCCCGAACUCAAGGCAAUCGCCCACGAAUAUUACGAUCCUCUACCCCAACACUCCUCGUGGCCUAUGGUCAUCGUCAAAUUCAUCUUCGACAACAAUGUCGGCUUGUUCUCCCGCGUCAAGCGGCUCCCUAUGGGCCCUCAUCUUCCUGUCGUCCCUUUCGAACAAGAAAAUCGCAAGGAUAUUUGA